AUGCAGAACUAUCUCGACUCCUCUGUGAUCUCCAUCAUCGAGGACCUCUCUCUGAGCGAGGUGGGAGUGCAUGUGGGUGCGGGAAGCGGUGGUCAGGUCGCCGUGGCUGUGCCCCACUGCCCUCUGAGACUUCCCCUGCCCUUGCAGCAGAGCAAAGCUUGCCUGGAUGCGCAGAACGAGCUGUCCCUGCUAACUGCCAUCACUGAGAUCCUGGACAGCACAGAUGAUGAGACCCUGUCCCCCUUUGACACCAUCAUGGAUGCAGAGCUGCUGACCUCGCCUCGGGAGCGGGAGAAUCCCUCGUUUCAGAAGUUUCUCAGCUUAUCCCGCCCGUCACUGGAGUGCGAGAGCCCUGCCCUGGAGCAGCCCAAGGCUCUCAGGCCUCUCAGCAGCAGCAGCAGCAGCGUCUCUGUGGUUGGGAAGACCGACACAGACCUGUCUUGGGACCGUGCCGCUCAUGGCCUCGAGGACCCAGCACUGCCGAAGAAGCAAGUCUGCAGCACGCCAAGGGUGGAGAGGAAGGUGGGCCGGCACCGGGCCCGAGAGCAGCCCCUGCCACAGCGUAGCGAUGGGGAGGAGGAGGAGGAGGAAUCUGCCUUGAGCCCAGAGCUAGACAGUGGCAUGGAGGCUGGAGAGCUUUGUGUGAGCAGGGCUGGGGUGGCACUGGAGGAGCGUGAAGACCCCUGCAUCAUCAACACAGGUGACGUGUCCUUGAGCGAGCUGGUGAAGUCCAUGCACCCGUACUGCCUGCCCACCUUCACUGUGUGCCUGGACCCCGAGACCGAGCCCGUGGCCAAGGAACUCCUGAGUGGUCCUGUCUUGCUGGAAAUUGUGCCUGGCGAGGGGGAGAGUGUGGAGAUCCCCGUGGUCCUGCAGCCCUUGACUUCCAGCGUCCCCAGCCUGGAGCCCCAGCUCCUGGCAGCGGAGGAGGAUACCGGGGAGUCAAUCCCAGAGGAUCGAGAGGAGCUGCCAGGAGCUCCAGCCCAGGAAAACAGAAUGGAGGAGGAGAAGGAGAAGAAACCACUUGGGAAGGAGCCCUCCUGCACUACCCCAGAGAGCACGUCAUCGCCGGAGAAGGCAGCACCCAGAGCCCAGAGCCCCGACAGCAGCUCCCAACCCAGCACGGGGGCCCCAGCAGGUGGCAAACGCGAAGGCUCUGAGAAGGGACGUGGACGUGAGAGAGCAAGGAAGAGUCGGAAAAAGAAAACAGAGGAGGACCAAAGCGAGCAGGCCAGGCCAGGCAGGGACUGCGUGGCCCAGCGGCUCCGCUCAUCUGGCUCCGGGCAGCCCUCUGGCCAGCAGCUCACCAUCCGGCGGCGGACAGCCUGUCCCUCUGCCCAGGUCUCAGACUUCCUGGCACGGCAGCUGGAACGAGCCCGGAAGGAAGGGCAGAUGGAGCUGCAUGCCGAGCGGGCGCCACGGCCCCGGGGCAGGCCCCGGACCACAACGGGGCCCUCCCUGCUCGAGAAAGCACAGCAGGAGCUGCAGAAGGAGCUGGCACCAGAAAUAGCAGCCACAGCUGCUGUCUGUGUCCCUGCAGAGGUGUCCCCUGCUGCUGGCCCUGUCGGAGAGUCCCCUGGCACCCACCCCACGGAGGAGACUGCAGGGUCAGGCAAGGGGUCAGUGGAGAAAGCCCUGCCGGAGCCUGAGACGGCUGCAGGGCAGGAGACGCCCAGCCAAAAAUCUACCAGCUGGGCUGUGGCACCACCACCGAAAGCAGGUCGAGAGAGCAGCCUGCCCACCAAGGCACCCACCGCGCGGCCGUGGAGGCACCAGCCGCUCCUCAGCCCGGCGCAGCCCAGCGACAGCAGCAAGGACAUCGUGCAAGCCUUCAUCAGUGAGAUCGGGAUCGAAGCCACCGACCUGUCCAGCCUGCUGGAGCAGUUCGAGAAAUCUGAAGGUGCGGAUACGGCGUGCUGUCCCCCGCGGAGCUUCCUCCGUACUACGCUGGCCUCCCUGGGCUGCCUGUACUUCCUGUGGUGGGCCAAGAAGGAGGAGGUUCCCCUGCAGCCCCCUGAGGACAGGCGGCCAGCAGGGAGCUCCGGGCCCGAGACCCAGCAGGACAGGAAGCCCCCAGAUGGCCUGCAGGCCUCUGAGCUGGCCAACGUGGCAGGCCUCACCCCCCCAGCGACGCCCCCCCACCAGCUCUGGAAGCCAUUGCCUGCUGUCUCGCUGCUGGCCAAGGCCAAGUCACCUGGGUCCGUGCCCCAGGAAGGGCCCCAGAAGACAGCCAAGCUGAUGAAAGCCAAGCCGCUGCCCCCAAGCAAGCUCCAGGGGAAGAGUCCAGCGCCGGCCCCCCCCAGCUCAGCCCCCAGCCACGUCUGCUCGGGAGACCAUGACUACUGCAUCCUGGGUGCAGCACGGACGGAGAGCAACAGCAGCCCUGGCACACAGCCCCCUGCCGAGGGUGGCUCCCGCUGGAACGUCAAACACCACCGGGACAUCACUAUCAAACCCAUCUCCUCCUUAACCAAACGGACGCUGGACCAGCCCAAGUCCACCCCACCAGCUCCCACCACCACCGUGGCGUCCAGCCAGGAGUCCCUGGGGACAGCCUCCCUAGCUCCCCUGGAUUAUCGGACUAGCGUCCCCAGUAAGGCCACCGCUGGGUGCAGCAGCCCCCCCACCUCGGUGCUCCUGUCUCCAGCUGCAUCCCCCUGCCGGGACCAGGAGAUGCGGACUCCUAGUGCCCAGCCCAGCCGUGCUGCUGCCAAGAGGUCCCUGCGCUGCUACCGGAGACCCCGGGACUCGCCCAGCCCCUCUGCCGGCAGCUGGAGGGCUGGCCGGAGCCGUGCCAGCCGUUCUUUCAGCUCCAGUUCAGAUGGAGCUAGCGGGUCCUCAUCUUCAUCUUCAUCCUCAUCCUCCCGAUCCCGGUCACGGUCACUCUCUCCACCACCCAAGCGGUGGCGAAGGUACCGCUCAAGAUGUUCCCACAGCUCCUCCUCCCGCUCCAGCUGUGGGUCGUGUGGCAGGUCCCGGGACAGGUCCUCAUCCUCGUCAUCAGCAUCCUCCUACUCAUCCAGGUCCACAUCCCGCAGCCAGUCCCGCUCCCCAUCGCCCCGCAGGAGGAGUAACAGGCGGAGAAGAUACAGUUAUGAUGCACAGGAUCACUACCAAAGGCAGAGGAUCCUCCAGAAGGAACGUGCAAUAGAGGAGCGGAGAGUUGUGUUCAUUGGCAAGAUCCCCAGCAGGAUGACACGGUCGGAGCUGCGGCACCGCUUCUCUGUGUUCGGGGACAUUGAGGAAUGCACCCUGCACUUCCGCUCCGAGGGGGACAACUAUGGCUUUGUCACCUACCGCUAUGCCGAGGAAGCCUUUGCUGCCAUUGAGAGCGGGCACAAGCUGCGGCGUCCAGACGAGCAGCCCUUCGACCUGUGCUUCGGUGGCCGUCGGCAGUUCUGCAGGAGGAACUAUGCUGAUUUGGACUCAAACCGGGAGGAUUUUGACCCAGCCCCCGUCAAGAGCAAGUUUGACUCCCUGGACUUCGACACGCUGCUGCGGCAGGCACAGCGCAGCCUGCGGAGGUAGCGGCAGGCGAGGCGGAGCACCCGCCCCCACUUUUAUACUCAAAAUACAAAAGACAAAAAAAGUAUGGAGAGCGAGAGAGAGAGAUGGGGUUUUUAAGAAAAAGAAAAAGGAAAAAAAGAAAUUUGUUUUAUAACCAAUAUUUAAGGAGGACAGGUCAUUUGCCUUUGACCGGAGGGGCCCAGGCGAGUGGCAGCCCCAGGCUUGCCCCAGCCAUGUAAUAAAUGCGGAUGCCCAAACA